AUGACCAAAAAUAGUCAAUCAACGAAAUCUAUUCCGGAACGUAUUCUACGAGCAAAUGAUCGUGAAUUUAAUGAACAAUUCAAAUAUGCUGAUAAUUAUAUUAGAACUUCGAAAUACAAUCUUAUCACAUUUGUUCCGCUUAAUUUAUUGGAACAAUUUCAGCGCCUUGCUAAUUUUUAUUUUUUGAUAUUAAUGAUUUUGCAACUUAUACCAUCGAUUAGCUCAAUAGCAUGGUAUUCAACUGCCAUUCCAUUAUUUGUUGUGCUUAUAUUUAGUGCUGCAAAAGAUGCUUAUGAUGAUAUUCAAAGACAUCGAAGCGAUAAACAAGUAAAUAAUCGAAUCUCGUAUGUUGUUCGAAAUGGUCAAUUAAUUAUGGAAAAAUGGAUGAAUGUUAAAGUUGGUGAUAUAAUACGUAUGGAAAAUGAUCAAUUUGUUGCGGCUGAUUUACUUUUGUUAUCAACCUCAGAGCCUCAGGGCUUAUGCUAUAUCGAGACAUCAGAACUUGAUGGUGAAACAAAUUUAAAAGUUCGUCAAGCUUUACCGGAAACGUUUGUUAUGGGGGAUAAAUUAAUGCAAAUAAGUAAAUUUAAAGGUCAAAUUCAUUGUGAAAUACCAAAUAAUAAGUUGAAUCAAUUUGAGGGAAGAUUACAUUAUGAUGGUAAUGUUUUAUUGCUUGAUAAUGGGAAAACGUUAUUGAGAGGAUGCGUAUUACGGAAUACUCGUUGGUGUUAUGGAGUUGUAGUAUUUGCAGGAAAAGACACAAAGCUAAUGAUGAAUAGUGGAAAAGCGAAAUUUAAACGAACAAGUUUGGAUCAUUUCCUUGAUAUUUUAAUUAUGGGUAUAGUUAUAUUUUUGUUAGCAAUGUGUCUUAUUUGUACAAUAUUAUCUGGAAUUCGAGAAUGGACUAUUGAAAGCCAUUUUACUGUUUAUUUAAAUUUGGGUAGCUCAAUCAUUUCAAAUCACAUGAAACAAUCAUUGCAACACACUUCCGCUUUAUCAUUUAUCAUGUUCUUCUCAUAUCUUAUCUUGCUCAAUACCGUUGUGCCUAUUUCACUUUAUGUAAGUGUUGAAAUCAUACGAUUUUUUCAUUCAAUGUGGAUUAAUUUUGAUUGUGAAAUGUAUUACGAAAAGGAUGAUAUUGCUGCAUGUGCACGUACCACUACAUUAAAUGAAGAAUUAGGCCAAGUUCAAUAUAUAUUUAGCGAUAAAACAGGAACUUUAACGCAAAAUUCAAUGGUAUUUAGGAAGUGUUCGAUUAAUGGAUGUAGUUACGGUGAUAUAUAUGACAUUAAUGGUGAAGUAAUUGAGGUAACAGAGAAUACACCGACGGUUGAUUUCUCAAAAAAUCAUUGGUUUGAACCGAAUUUCAAAUUUUACGACGAAACAUUAUUGAAAGAUACAACCAAAGGACUUUACCAAGUAAAAGAAUUCUGGCGACUUUUGGCUCUUUGUCACACUUCCAUGCCAGAACGGAAAAACAAUUUCUUGAAAUAUCAGGCACAAAGUCCGGAUGAAGCUGCUCUUAUAUCUGCUGCACGGAAUUUCGGAUACGUUUUGAAAUCUCGUACUGCUCAAACUAUCACACUGGAAGUAGCCGGCUCCGAAGAGGUAUAUGAUUUAUUAGCAAUUCUUGAUUUCAAUAAUGUCAGGAAGCGAAUGUCAGUAAUUGUCCGAAAUCCUUUGGGCGAAUUAAUACUUUAUUGCAAAGGAGCAGAUACAGUUAUACUUGACAGGAUAUCACACGACACGUCACCAUCAUUGAAAAGUGCAACAAUUCAACAUCUCGAUAAAUUUGCUGUUGAUGGCUUUCGAACAUUAUGUUUGGCUUAUAAGGAAAUUAGCAUUGAUGUUUUUAAUAAAUGGCAUGAACAGCAAAAAAAAGCGGCAGCUGCAUUAACUAAUCAUCAAGAACAAUUAGAUCGAGUUUAUGAUGAAUUGGAACAAGAGAUGAUACUUCUGGGAGCUACAGCAAUUGAGGAUAAGCUUCAAGAUGGUGUCCCGGAUACGAUAGCAAAACUUGCUCAUGCUAACAUUAAAAUUUGGAUUUUAACAGGUGAUAAACAGGAAACGGCAAUCAAUAUUGGCUAUUCAUGCAAUUUGUUAACGGAAAAUCUUCGUGAAGUUUUCAUUAUUGAUGGUGAAACGAAGCGUGAAGUUGAAGUGCAAUUGAAGGAUGUACGACGACGAAUCGAGCAAGCACUUGGAUCGGAUGCUUUAUCAGAUGAUGGAAAACUUCCUCCUCAAUAUUAUACUGUCACAGAUAUCGAAAAUAAUACUGAAGUUCAAAAUCAUCUUGAAUCUGAUGAAUGGAAAAAUUUAGAAGGCUAUGCAUUAGUCAUUAAUGGACCAUCGUUAACAUAUGCGUUGAAAAAAGAGCUGGAAAGGACAUUUCUGGAUAUCGGAUGCUUGUGUCGUGCAGUUGUUUGUUGUCGUGUUACACCGCUCCAAAAAGCAAUGGUUGUUGAUUUGGUGAAAAGGAAUAAAAAAGCGGUAACAUUAGCUGUUGGUGAUGGUGCAAACGAUGUGUCAAUGAUUAAAAUGGCACAUAUUGGAGUUGCAAUUUCAGGACAAGAAGGUAUGCAAGCUGUAUUAGCAUCUGACUACAGUAUCGGGCAAUUUCGUUAUCUGAAAAGACUUCUGCUUGUGCAUGGUCGCUGGUCUUAUUUUAGGAUAACAAAAUUUUUGCGAUAUUUUUUCUACAAAAAUUUUGCUUUUACACUUACUCAUUUUUGGUACUCCUUUUUCUGUGGAUAUUCUGCACAGUCAAUUUACAAUCCGGUUUUAAUUGCUUGCUAUAAUUUAUUCUUUACAUCAUUACCUGUACUUGCAAUGGGUAUAUUUGAUCAAGAUUGUGAUGAUGUAUAUAGCAUGAAAUAUGCUACACUUUAUAUACCUGGUCAAUAUAAUUUAUUUUUUAAUAUGCGAAUUUUUAUAUAUUCUGUUCUUCAUGGAGUGAUCAGUUCUUUGGUGAUAUUUUUUGUACCAUACGGAAUACUAUGUAAUGGUGCAGAUUCAACAGGACGAGAUUUUAAUGAUUAUUCAUUAUUGGCAUUUACAUGCUUUACAUCGUUGAUCAUUGUUGUUACGGGCCAAAUAGCAUUUGAUACAAGUUAUUGGACUAUUUUUAAUCAUAUUGUUAUUUGGGGUUCGGUGAUAUUCUAUUUUUGUCUUAGCUAUAUUUUAUAUGAAGCUUUGCCUGUAUGGUUCGCUUCAAAAUUUCAGUCAGCUCAGUCUUAUGGUGUCAUGCAGCGUGCCUUUACAUCAUUGCAGUUUUGGCUUUCCCUUUUAAUGGUAUCCGUUAUUUUGCUCUUACCGGUACUUCUUAAUCGAUUUUUCUGGUUCGACAUACAUCCCACAUUUGCUGAUCGUCUUCGAAUGAAACGAAAGCUUCAAACUUCUUUGGAAGAGCUACCACCAGUAACAACGAGAACACGGCGUUCAACAAUUGGUCGAAGUCGUCGAGCUUCAUCACGCUCAGGAUAUGCCUUUUCCCAUCAGCAAGGUUUCGGUGAUUUGAUCAUCAAAGGAGAAUUGUUCAAACAGGUGGAACAAAUAAAUUCUGGAAGUUCGCUGCAGAAGAUUGUUUCACCUAUCCGGCAGUUAGCAGAAAAGGGAACAACCACUAUGCUCAGACCAAUAACACUUUUGUCACAAAGAAAUAACAAAGUAAUACCUGCAGUACAAAUUAAAGAAGAGUCCGGGCAAACGGAGCACACUGAAUAUAAUUCAGAAGGGCUACCCAAAAUUUCUAAGGGACGAAAUAUGCAUAAUUCUAAUAACGAAGAUAAGGACACUGAUAUAUCACCACAGUUUUUGCACAAAAUCACUGUUAACAACGAUGAAGAACUUACUAUCAAGCACCUCGAUGACGCAGCUUACAGAAACAGAAAACCUUCAUCGGAACAACAACAAAAACAUUCAGCUGAUAUUGUUUUGGAAUCAGCGAAUCAAAUUGCACAAAUUUCUCCUUCAUCCACUAAUACAAAACGUCAGAAGUCAUUGCAAUCCAUCCAAACUACAACAUAUCUGAAUUUGCCUGAAUGGACUUCAAAAUCUCCAAAUGGCUAUGUUGAUAUUGUAGGAGUUAAGCGAGCUGCAUAUAAACCAUUGAACGAAACAAGACUGUAA